AUGAAUAACUCUACAUUGAACUUCACCUUACCUGAACCAUCCACAACUAAGGCCAUUGGGAUUGUGGAAACUGUGAACAUUUGUAUGAACAGCUUUAGUUUCCUGGUUGGUCUUCCUACACACUGCUAUGUUGCAUGGCUCAUCAUCAGCGGAGCAGGAAAUGGAGUUGCAUCAGAGUUCUUCAUCCUCAAUCUCUCUGUUUCUGAGAUUGGUUUCUGUGUGAAUUGUUUGACCUUUGUACUGUCACAAUGGUUUUCAUGUAUAGUGGCUUUUAAACUAUUUUUAAUAGGACUAAUCGUUAGUGGUCGUCCUCUGUUUCAGUGUCUGAUGUGUGUUGAGCGUUACCUGGCAGUGGUUCAUCCUGUAACCUUUCUGAAGUACAAACCUCUCAGAUAUAGAGUGAUCUGCUGCACUGUGGCCUGGAUAGUUAUUCUUGGCUCCUGUUUCUGCUGCCUGUUUACUAUACUCAAACACUACAUUGUCCAUAUGUGGUUCUUGUCAGUUCAGUUCCUUUUCUUCUUCCUUAUCCAGUUGUUUUGUCUUGUAGCUGUUCUCAGAGCUCUGAAGCAGUCAGGACCAGGAGAAAGAGGGAGAGAGAGAGAGGAGGAAAACCACAUGAAGAGAAGAGCGUUUAAUCUCAUUCUCAUAACAACAGUGACAAUGGUCAUCACAUAUGCCCCAUACUGUAUUUCAGGGUUUUUAACCAUUGUCACUGAAAAGGUUUUUGAGGCACAAUGGGUCCCUGGUUUGUUUUGUUAUGUGCUGGCUGGUUUUGUUCAGCCUGUUCUUUAUCUGCACCGUGCUAGAAAACUCUCUUGCCUCUUAUAA